AUGGAAGCAAUUGAAGCGAUUAGCAAGCCGAUCUUUGAGUGUAAGAGGGCUAAUAUCAACCAAUUUUUUUUUCCUUCCUCAGUCUUGAUUGCACCACUCUUCUAUAAUGGAAGAAAAACAAUCACAACGACAACUUUUGUUGAUCUCGAUCCUUCUCCAGCUGCUCUAAAACCCUUAAGGUCACGUGUACUUAUCGUAAGGCAACUUUGCAUGUAA